AUGGUUUAUACCUCUAGCCUCGCGGCUAUCUCUCUCCUGGCUUUGACGGUCAGCGCUGUUCCCCUCCAGGCAACCUCAGUCAGCCAUGUCUCCAAACGCAGUCUUCAGAAUCGCGGUGUUGAUGUCAAAUUCAACACUUAUAAACCCACUGCUUUUACUGAGUCGCGAACACCCGCGAAGUCUGACAAGGUCCUGCCCUUGUCAAAGGUUACGACAAAUCGUGCCAACCCCCGUAGCGCAGCUUACCUUAAGGGCUUGACCGGGAGAAAGCAGGGCAAGAAGACCACCUCGGGUAGUGGCGAGUUGAUCUCACUAUUUGAAGGCGAGGAAUAUGCCACUCCCAUUGUCUUUGGCACCCAAACCUUUGACGUGAUUGUCGAUACUGGAUCUAGUGACACUUGGGUCGUCAAGAAGGGCUUCGAGUGUAUUGAUCUGGACACCAGCAAAGAGACAACCGAGUCCGAAUGUGACUUUGGCCCGACAUAUACUGUCGAUAGCGGCUUCAAACAGAUCUCUGGCGAGGAGUUCAGCAUCACAUAUGGUGAUGGAGAGUAUCUGUACGGAUACAUGGGCACUGAGACUGUUACUCUCGCCGAUAUUACCGUCAGUGCCGAGGUCGCGGUGGUCACAGAGGCUGCUUGGGAAGGAGAUGGAACUACCUCUGGUCUGACGGGGUUGGCUUACCCUGCCUUGACAAGUGCCUAUUCGACCAAAAGCAAAGCACAAGAAGAAUACAAUCCCAUUUUCACCACGAUGGUCAAGAACAGGCUUGUGGAUUCUUACUUUAGUCUGGCCAUCCUUCGUGACGUGUCUGGUGCGGCUGGCUAUCUCACACUCGGUGGUCUGCCUCCUAUCAACUUCACAGAGACCUGGACUACCACCGAUAUCCUGAUCACCUCUAUCUCGGGAUACCCUGACACCUAUGACUUCUACACCAUCGAGAUCGACGAUGUUACCCUGAACGGCGCAUCUGUUUCUGGCUCCGGGGGCAGCAUCCAGUACAUUGUCGACUCCGGCACAACCCUCAACUACUACCCCACCUCCGUCGCCAAUGCAGUCAAUGCUGCCUUCGACCCCCCUGCCACCUACGACGAUGACCAGGGCAUUGAUGACGGUGGGGAUGAUUCUUCUGAGGAUCUGUAUAUCCUAGGUGACACCUUCCAAAAGAACGUGGUAACUGUGUUCGAUGUCGGCGCUGGAGAGCUGAAGUUUGCGCCGCAUGAGGAUUAUACUUCCAACGACACUUACUAG